CGAAGAGCAAACGACAUGACCGCCACCGCGACUGCAACCGCACGACGGCUAUUGGAGGACAUCUUUGCGUCGAAGCGAGUCAAAUGCGCCAUUAGCCUCACUGGCGGUGGGGGAAACGUGGCUGGGGAGAUCUUGGGAACAAGUGGAGCGUCCAGUACGCUCUUGGAACUGACUGUACCCUACUAUCAGCAGAGCUUGGUUGAUUUCUUGAAUUUGCCGUCCGAAGUCGUCAACCGCGAGGUACCCACCCGAUUCUCGUAUUCAAGUCAAGAAGUGUCCAUGCUGAUGGCAAAGAAGUCGUUGGAGAGAGCUCGGGUCCUCGUAUCUCUCGAUGAAGCCGCCGCCUGCGUGGGUAUUGGGUGCACGGCAGCCCUAGUGUCUUUGCAACCGCGCCGAGGAAGUCAUCGUGCAUUUGUCACUUUGUGCUCCGUCCAUGGCACGUACAAUUUCAGUCUGGACUUGCACAAGGGAGCACGAAGUCGAAAGGAGGAAGACGAGUGCGUGGGCAAUUUGAUCGUGUUGGCUCUGUCGAAAGCCGCCAACGUGGAUGUGUCACAACUCCAGAAGGAUCUAACCCCCCACGAGUUGGACACAUUGACCGUAGAUGCGACCGAAUUCGACAAUGCUAUGUCGUCGACACUGCUGUCGUUGCACAGCACCUCCAUUGCGUUCUUCCCCAACAAUGUGGUCUUGCGCGACAUGCCGUGGAAACGAAUGCUUGUACUCCCCGGCUCGUUCAACCCAGUGCACCAAGGCCACAUGGAAUUUGCUCGGGCGAGUCAACGACUGCUUGAAAAGCUCGACGGCGGCGAAUUGUACACCCCGCUCUUUGAGUUGUCCAUCAAAAAUGCUGACAAAGGGGCGCUGGUGGAUGUGGCGGACCUUACUCGUCGGGUGCAAGGCCUCGUUGAAACCCACCACCAGCGUGUCGUGCUCACGAAUGCGUCCUUAUUUGUCGACAAGGCAGCACUCUUCCCCGCGUGCGUGUUUGCCAUUGGCGCCGAUACCGCUGUUCGCCUUGUGGAUCCAAAGUAUUAUGGGCAUGACGUUAACAACGUAUGGAUGGCGCUGUCCACGAUCGCGUCGCACAAGUGUCGGUUUGUUGUCGCGGGGCGACUCGUGGGAGGGACGUUUGUGACGGCGGAAGAAUCGGUUUCCAAGGUGCCGUCCCCAUUUCAACAUUUGUUCCUGCCCCUUCCAGAAUCCGACUUUCGACUGGACCUGUCAUCAACCGAAAUACGCGAGCGCUUGAACGGCGGCACGGCGCUGCCAUCAUAGUCGCGCAAAUGGUUCGAGUCUGCCCUUCUACGAAAAUGAAUACAAGUCAAACGAAAGGUUCCUGAGCUAGCCAAACUGUAGCGAACCUCGUGUCCCUUUCGAGUGCUAGCUAGAUCGUACCCUGUCCACCUUCCUCACGCAUAAACUCUCUAGCCAUCUUGGCCGUCCCC